AUGGCCAUCCGUUUCACGGUGAACAAAUUUCCGCUAGAUCCGGAAUCGCGCGACGCGACGGGUCUGCCGUGGGGCUGCGUCGUCCAACCAUUCGCUCUCGAUGACGAAGCGGGAAUUCCGGGAAGCGGCGUCGCGGCUAGCGUCGGCACCGGCGGAAGCAGCAUUCGAAAAUCGUCUUCUAAUUCCUCUUUCCCGCGCUUCGGCUCGUCGUCUUCUCUUAAUUCCGCGUCUGGCGGCGCGGCUCUGCAGCCGCUUCCCGCUGCGCUUUCCCCCGCACCGCUUCCGCUAGCCGAUGACGUGGCGCGAUGCGAGGAUUGCUACGCGUAUAUCAAUCCGUACUGCGUGAUCGAUCGGUUUUCCUGGCGGUGCUCGCUGUGCGACGUCGUGAAUCCGUUCAGCGACGCGGAGCUGCGUCGCUACGGGGGAUCGAACGUCGCAGACGUCGCAGAGCUGUCGCACACGCUCGUCGAGCUGGACGUUGCCGCGGAGGGCGACCCAGACGAAGUGGAAUUCGAACAAGGAGAGUCGCAGGGCGACGGAGAGGUCGCGGGUUCGAUCCCGCAUGGAUUGGGAGAGCCAAUCAGCAGCUGCCACGUGUUGGACGAAGCGGAGAUCCGCAAGCGGCCGGUGUAUAUCGCCAUGGUUGACGUGUCAGGCUCAGAGGAGUUUUUGGAACUCGUUAAGAGCUCGCUUCUGGCCGCGUUAGAAGCGCUUUCGCCUGCUGCACUGUUCGGUCUGGUUACGUUCGGAAGCAAGGUCGGUCUGUACGAUCUACAAGGCCCUGUAGCAGCAGUGAAGUCCGUCGCCAUCCCCGCCUCCUCUGCUCACCGCUUACCCCUAGCCCUGGGCGAUCUCCUCCCCCUCCCCGCCUUCCUCGCAUCCCUCUCGCGCCACAAAGACCACGCCGCUGCCGCCCUCGAAACCCUCCGCCCCGACCCUCCCCCCCUUGAUUUGGACGCUGUGGAAAGCGGGGGUACUCUGUUUCUUUACCCUUCUUUAGACGAGGCAACCCUCCCUCAAGACAUUUACCGCAUGCUUUGCCGACCCUCCGCGUUCGGCGGGGUGCUCCGGCUCCGAACCUCCCGGGAGCUUCGGGCCGUCCGAGCCUACGGGCACUUUUUCCCCGAUGCACAGUAUGAGAAUCUGUAUCAUAUCAUUCGGUGUGACCCUUUUGAUUCGUACGCAUUUGACUUGGAAUUUGCGGGGAAGGCUGGGUUUGGAGUGAAGGGGAGGGGUGGGAGAGACAAGGGAGGGAGCGGCGGUGGUGGUAACCGGGGGGCAGUGUUACAGCUGGCGUUUCAGUAUACGGUGAUUAUUCCGGUGGAAGGGGGAGGGGAGAGGGUCGAGGAGGGUGGGGGAGGAGGGGGUGGGGCGGGUAAUGGGGCGGCUAGUAACGGGGAUGGGGCUGCUACUGGGGCGAGGGAGAUAUACGAGUCUGCUGAUAACGAGGCCAUUCUCACUGUUCUCACACACAAGGUCAUCCGUGCAUCCCUAGAGGAAGGUGUAAGGGAAGGUAGGCUCCUCCUUCAAGAUUGGCUGGUCAUUCUCACGGCCCACUACAACCACGCCUUCGGCCUCGCUCAGUUUAACCAGCCCCACUCUGUCACUCGCCUAGACGUCUCCUUCUCAGCCUGCCCGCAGCUGCAGCCGCUGCCUCGGCUGGCCUUUGCCCUAUUGCGCUCUCCUCUGCUGCAGCUGCCAAGGGAAGGGGUUCAUCCGGACCUGCGCACCUUCCUGCACUGCCUUUACAGUUCCCUGGACCCUUCAUUCCUCAUGCGAGCAGUCUACCCCGUCCUAUCCUCCUACACCACUCCCGACCGCCCAGCCUUCCCCCGCCACUCCCUGAGCCGCGCGGCACUCGUCACCAGCGGCAGCCCAAUCUUCCUUCUCGAUGCAUUCAGCACCAUCAUCGUCUUCUACUCGCCUGCCGCUCCCCCCGACCUGCCCUUUCCCCCACCGCAAACAAGCUUGCUGCGAACAACCAUCAACCGGCUGAAGGCUGAUCGCAUAAUCACGCCGCGUACAAUCACCAUCCGGGGAGGCGUGGACAGCACAGCCCCCUUUGAGACGUUUCUGAUUGAGGAGCAGGAUGUUGAUGGGGAUGUGGAGGGCGGGGCCGUGGGCAUGGGGUUCGUUGCUUUCUUAGAGUCAAUUGCUCGCGAUGUGCGAGAAUACAUGAAGUAG